AGAUGACUCACUAGAUCCUAUUGAAUCCGGACUAGCUGCGGCUCCCCGUCCUCUACAUGAUGGAGCAAGGGGAUCGUCGACUACGCCGACUGCUGUAUUUGGAGGCUCAUCUCCGACUCGUGCCGCAUUUCAAGAGAAAGGAGAGGAAAUAUUGAAUGCAAUAGAGUCAGAAUCCAAAACCGAUGCAUCUCACGACCCUCAUAUACCGAAAAGUUCAUCUGUGACGCCAGUUGUAGGCGGAGCGCGGCCUUCGUCAUCAGCUUCUACGCCAGCUGCACCAGCGCCGUCAGCAGUAGAGACUACAUCUGCAUCUGCAAGUACCGACCAUCAUCGACUUCUGCAAGAGCAUCAGG